AUGGCUCCGAACCAAAGGAUCCUACGGUUUGCCCAAUCGAGGAAGAAGUCGGCAUUCGUCCUCGUGCAGGCCGCCUCUACCGGACGCCACCCGCUCGAUCUAAAGCUCAUUGGCACAGACGGUUUUUCCCCAUUUGUCGUGACAUUACGUCAAGACCGUGUUCUAAGCCUCAAGCAUUCUUGCCCGGAUGAGGAAUGGGAGGAGAUACUGAUCACCCUGUUUUCUCAAAAGACAAUAGAGGGUAUUCAAGCGACCGCGAGAGUCGAGGAGACUCAGAACGAGGAUGAGCCUCCCUCUCACCUUACUAUCGAGGUGAGGAGAAGUGUACAGGGGAUAACCAAACACAUGGGAGAUAUUACCCUCCGCUACAAGCCGGAAGAACCAAUCGAUGUAGUAGACUGGUGUAACACAUCCAUUCUAGCCUACGAAGAAGCCACGGCAGCCCUUGAGAAAGAGGGCCAGCGAGUAUCAAAGCUAGAGAAGGAACUCGAAAUCCUCCAGAAUCAACUCAACGAACUAGUCGAUGCGAAAAAGGCCGACGAGAAUGACCUCCUGGAGAAGUUCCGCGAUCUCCUCAAUGAAAAGAAGGUCAAGAUCCGCGAACAACAACGUCUCCUAGAUACCUCCUCACAUGGUGUCCCUCCCACAGUAGAAGACAGUCCCGAAGCAGCCCCACCCAGUCCCAAGGUAAAGAAAGAACCCAAAGAGUCCCAACGCCACAUUCCCGGUCCUUCGAGAAGAGGGAAGAGGAAGCAAGCCACUCCGCCCGUCGAAGAAGAAUCCUCCGACGAGGACGGCUUCGAAAAGAUGGACACAGACGAACCGGCCAACGCCCGCCCACUCCCUGACUCGGAGGACGAGCGUACAACGACUGCCGGCUCAGAAGAAGAUGUUACGGCCAGCGAAGACGAGGAAGAAGCUGCGCCGCCCCCAACCAAACUUACGAGAAGGGCAGCAAGCGCGAGGACGAGCACGAAGGUUGCGUCGCAGACGGUAAAGUCUAAGACGAGCGAGAAGGCGGCUGAGGGGGCGCCUCCACCCAAGAGGGAACUACCGUUUGCGACGAGGAAGAAAGGAGGUGCAGCGAAGGCCAAGCCGCCGCCUCAGGAAGGAAGCGAGACGGAGUCGGAUGAUGAGCUCUAG